AUGUCCACCAAAGUCGACCCCGUCGACAGUGACAUAGACUGGAAAGCUCUGGCAGAGAACCUCGAUGUCACCUUGCAGUUCCUUCUUCAGCAGGCGGCAUGGCUCUAUGAUCGUCAGCUGUCGCAGGUUCGGGCUCAAAUGCGCAAGGUCGGCACUACGCAGUCGAACUCUCCUUCCCCAACUCUAGGAUCUGUCUCUGGGAGUACGGCCUUGGGUGGACAGUCACAGAGAGAGACGCCAGUACCAGGUUCUCGGGCGCCAUCACGGCAAGUAUCUCAACAGAAAGAUAUCCCUCUACGAGCCCCUGAGAACCGACGUACGAGCUUUACAUCAACUACAGCUACUAACCCCACUCGCGGAUCUCGGGACCCUACACGCACCGGCACACCGACAACCGACGACAAAGAAUCACGUUGGGAUUCUUUUGGUCGUCGGCCUCCGGCUGUGAGACGAGAACAGCCACCCAUCGCGUCUUUGCCCCGAUCUCCACCACUCGAGGAAGAGCCUCUAUCCUCGAGCUCGUCGGAAGAAUCAGCAUCCGACGACGAGGACACAACUAGGCGUGCACCUAUGUUCAAACGGUUUGGCAAAUUCUCCAUCGACCGCUCUGGUCUCCGGGAUGACGAGGACGACGAAGAAGACACACCAGCGUUCCUCCCCCUAGCCCGAGCACAGGAGCAUACCCAUCGGGAGCGGCCAGUCCAGGAACUCAGCGCUACCCUCCGUUUAGAUGCCGAGCGAGCAGCGGCACAACGGCGACAUCCCGAGCAGCGGUCUGGUCCCAGGGUACCGGUAGCUACGGAGUCAUCCACUAGCUCUAUGAGCUCCGGUGGGCCUAGCAGCCUACCUAGUGGACCCAGACGGACCAGCCAGGGGGCAUCGAUACUGAGCACCCAGCGCGCUGCCGAGCGCCAAAAUUCCCGGAAGUCCACCGCCUCCGGUCGCGAAGCUAGCGAUGGUACUCCCAGCAUGGGAAGCAGCUUCAGUGACCUCGACGAUGCAAGCGUUACUCAGUCAGCCCUGGAGGAGGCCCUUCUAAGCAACAUGCAGCAUGGUGGAAUGGCGAGUCGGAUGAGUACCAUCAGCCAAGCCUUGCGCAGUCGGUAUCUGCAGUGA